AUGGGGAGACGCAGGAGAGUGUUCGUCGGAGCUGUCGCCGGCGUUGUUGUCUGUGGGGCUUUGCUGGAGGGGAGGCCGCGAUGCUGGGAAAGUGCUCGUCAGCCGGAUGCGGUCUCGAGUGCACAAGACAUCGCAGCGUCUUCCUUUUUUCCACGGGAGGCGAGUGCCCCACAAGCAAACGCGAGGUCUUUCCCUCUGUCCUUGACGCUCUUCGUAUCGGCUGCGGACUCGGCGGAGAAGAUCGAGAAACUAACAACAGGACCUGCGGGGACGCAGGCCGAGACCGAAACACAUGCAGACAAAGUGACAAAAGAAGAGUCUGAGGAAGAGACUGCGGACGACUUCGAGAAUGUUGUCGUUGAAGAGGACCCGUUUGCAGAGGGUAACGAAAGCGCUCUUGAGGCGCUCCUCAGCAGCUUUCGUGCCGAAAAAGAGAAGAACGGAGAGAAGGUCGAGAAAGAAGAUUUGGGCGGGCACCACGGAGCGCAGGAGGAUGGAGACCCAGACGAGAAAUCAGACGGAGAGACAAGGGAAAGUGUGGAAGACUUCGACGAAGUGCCUGUCGAAGGCGAAAGCGGGAACUUCGUUAGCGGGCCGAGAAAGAAUAGCCUGUUGGAGAAAGUCCGCCGGUACGCCAUCGGACACAUGCUGCAGGCGCCGGAGAUGGGGAACGUGAAGCUGCCUCCGAAAGACACCUUGACAGACAAAGACCUGAAGGCCAGCCAAGAAAAAGAAAAGAGACGGCAGAAGCGCAGACAGAAACUCGCGAUCGACCGCCACAAGGAGGAUCAGAAAGAGAAGUUCGACGCCGAAGUCGAACUCGCGGAAAGGGAAGCCGAAAACAAAAAGCUAGCGCAUGCAGGCCGUAAGCGUAUUUGCACAGCAGCGCAUGCGCCGUUGACAAUUUGCAAAGUACGACCUUUUCUUCCAUAUUUUUUCUGUUUUGAAGACCGGGGGCAUCCAGGGGAGACUUUCGAUCGAGUCAUGAAGCGCUCGCUGAAGCUUCUGGUGAAGGGGAAGACCUCCCCCGCCUGUCAAGCCCGUGCAGGAAAGGCAGCCGUCUCGGUCAAGAAGCAAGGGAAGGCGAAGGCGAAGAAACUCCCAGGGGAACCAGGAGGCACCGAAAAGGCUAGAGAACUCGCGGCGACUGCGGGGAAUCAGACUGCCCGACUUCAGAGUGCUGGGCCACCCGAGAAGGAGCAAAAGAGACACGGCAAGCACAGGGAAAAAUGUGCAUCAACGCCUGAGGCAGACACGACGGUACAGCAGGGCAGAGAGAGAGGCACGGAACAAGUGAAGGAUGGAAAGCGAACCGACAAGAGAUUCAUUUUGUUCGCGGGGAACCUGCCGCUCGAUACGAAGGCAGAGGACCUGAAGGCGUUCUUCAAAAACAAACUCCAGCCUCGAAUUGUUGAGGUGCGCAUGCUGACUCAUCGAGAGACGAAUAAGCCAAAGGGCUGCGCGUUUGUCGAGUUCGACUGCAAAGAGGCACUUGAGAUUGCCCUGAAUUAUCACCAUCGAGAAUUGGGAGGCCGGAAAAUCAAUAUCGAACUCAGUGCUGGAGGAGGCGGAAAUUCCAAGAGGCGACGGGACAAAAUCUCAAAAAAAAAUGCACAGUUGAGGAAACGCCGGCAAAAGAAAGUUAAAGCAGUGAAGAAGUCAGCAGAAAAAACCAAGCCGUCCGGCGAGAGCAAGUAG